AUGUCUUACUUCAAAUCAUCCAUGGAUCGGAGACUGCUUGAAUCUUUGUGGAAUAAAUACUGGGUCAAUACCCUGAGCUCAUCUAGCCUUCUUACAAAUGCUGAUUACACAACAGGAAUGAUAUUUGAUUUGUCAGACAAAUUAGAACAGUCUGAAUCACAGCUGGGUCGUGGCGGUCUCAUAGGCACUGAUGCACAGGAUAAGAAAACUGAAGAUAAACUCACCAAAGCAACCAAAGAUGGCUGUAAAACAACUAUGGAGGUUUUACAUGGACUCAUGUCACAAGUGAUUAAAGAUCGGCUGUUUAAUCAAGUUCAUUGCAAACCUGCUGAGCCAGAUCAAGCACAACAGCCGCAACAAUAG